UGUGAAAUAUAUUAGACAUUUAACGAUUGGGUCAUUACCCAAACUGUGUGAAUGGAUAUUUAAUUGGUUAGUAAAGUUAAAAUAUACUUAGUACUCAUAUUAUAUCAUAUAUUCAGUCAGUAUAUCGAGAGACGUUGAAGCUAUGAAAACAAAACUGUCGCUUGCGAUUUGUUCAGUUACUUGGACGUUGAUGUUGAUUACAAAUUGUAACAUGGAAACAUUUUGCAAAAUGACGAAUGCAGUUUGUGAGACGAUGAACACAUCUUGGGUCCUCAUCCAUGAGUGUCGCCUGCGUGCUAUCAGUCGAAAUAUUACCACAUUAAACAUCGAUAUCACUUUUCUUCAUCCCGCACAUGUUAUCGAUCUUAGGCUGGAGCUAAAAACCAAGGCAUUUGGAUACAGACCCUCAAUUUUCAACUAUACCAUCGAUGCUUGCACAUUUCUACGACAACGCAAACAUCGAGUAUUCAUGAUGUUUUGGCGUAUUUUUAAGGACUUUUCAAACAUUAACCAUACGUGUCCUUAUGUGGGUAAACAAAUUGUAAAGGAUUUUUACUAUGAUCCAGCAAAUUUAACUCUGCCAAUACCAAGCGGUGAUUAUGUUGUGCUUUUCACUUGGAUACUCGAUAAGAAACCACAGUUUUUCACCAACAUUUACUUCUCAUUCUACCAGGAUAUUAUCAAUGUAUAAUUUUUCUCUUUUUUUAUAUUCAUAUGUGAACCAAAGUCAUACGUUUUAAAUAAUGUGUUAUUUGCAAAAUA